AUGGGCAAUGGAUAUUCUGGAUAUUCAGAUCGACGAGAUACCUACCCAUCUCGCGAAGAACUCCCUCUUCCCACCCAACCUCCCUUCACUGCCCACUUGGCAAACUUGUCCUUUGAUGCCACCCAAACAGACGUCAACGACUUCUUCGCAGAAUGCCAGGUCACAAAUGUUCGCAUCGUGGAAGAUAAACUCGAUCGCAAACCCAAGGGGUUUGGCUAUGUUGAGUUCGCAACGCUGGAUGGCCUGAAGGCUGCAUUGGGACUGAGUGGCAACAACUUAGCAGGACGUCAGGUUCGCGUCAGUGUUGCAGAGCCUCCGAAAGAUAGACAAGACACCCGAGACUUCAGUGACUGGUCAAGAAAGGGACCUCUUCCGGACCUUCCGAGAGAACAACGUCGGGUUUCUGAGCGACCGGGUGGUUAUGGUGGUCGAAACUUUGACAACUUGUCCGAUGCGGGAAGCGAGCGAGGUGGUCGGCGCGGAUUCGACCAGGGAGACGGGAAGGUCAGGGACUUUUCCAACUGGGAGAGGAAGGGACCGUUGUCACCUGCCGCAGGUGGGCCUACCUCACUCCGUGAAGGUGGGAGACAACCCAGCAAGGAUGGUUCUGGAGCUUUCCGAAGGAGGUCCCCUGCCUGGGGUGAAGGGAGAUCUCAAGAUGGCUCCCGCCCACCACGGCGCGAGUACGUAGAACGACCACCCCCUGAGCGGCAACCCACGGCCCCCGAACUUGAUAACCAAUGGCGAGCACGGAUGAGGCCCGACGCCCCAGCCAAAGCACCCACCCCAGAAGCCAGCGAGCCAUCUUCUCCGGCCCCAGCCCCGGCCCCUGCUCCUGCGACCAGGCCGAAGUUGCACUUGCAGAAGAGGACUGUCUCUGAAUCAGACCCGGCGAAAUCCUCUGCACCAGCAAGUGAUUCAAAGGCCAGCCCAUUUGGAGCUGCCCGCCCCGUUGAUACGGCAGCGAAAGAAAAGGAAGUCGAGGAAAAACGACAACUCGCCAUUCGGCAGAAGAGAGAAGCUGAUGAUAAGGCAAGGGCCGAAAAGGCUGAAGAGAAGCGUUUGGCCAGAGAGAAGGCAGAGCUUGAGAAGUCCAAGGAAGUGCCAAGCAAGGAGGCAAAGGAAGUUACUCCCGCAAAGGAAAAUGGCGACGAAACAACGCAGCCUCCUACCCCCAAAUUCGACAUCUUGCGUCGCGCGGACUCUGGUGUGAAUGAUAUGGUUGCGGACGAAGGGCACGAAGAGGAGGGCGAUGUACAACUCCCGGUCGACGAUAAGGCGGUCAAGCCCAAGGAGGUUGUGCAGACCGCCACUUCCACCAAGCCGAAUGGCGCUUGGAGAAGUGCUCAUGCUCAGCCGGCGCAAGCACCUGAAGGAAGCACCACUGUGGCCUUGGAAGAGGACGGCUGGAGCACAGUGUCGAAGCCAAACAAACAACGCAACAACCGACGAAACGUACCCCACAGAGCGGUUGCUUCGUGA